AUGACAAAGAGAAUGCGUUCCAUCAUCUCGUGGCUUCGACUUGGGCGCUAUUUUGCGGUGUUACAAUCCAGACGCUUCGACAAUGCCCGCGGUAAUACGCAUCACAAAUUGACUCGGCAUCAGGCCUCUCUCCUGUCAAAAUGUAGAGCGCUGCAGUUGUGUUCGCGCAAAUGCACGGACCGCAGGCUGGCUGCCGUCCUAGAUACCGAUAUCAGCCCGGAUUUGAAGCUGCAACAAACCAAAAAAAUCGAUGACUCGUUCGACCUCCUCUACCUACCAAACCAUCAUCCAUCUCGUUCGCCGUCAUCGUCUGCUGCAUCUGGAUCCUACAAAUCGCACCCAACAAUGACCGACGCCGCUCCACCUCCCGCUGCCACUGGCCAAGCAGCUCCCGAGCUAUCCUCUCUCGCCGAAACCUUUGCCAGCACCAACCUCUCCUCACCCCUUCAGCAUGACGACACCUCCUCCACCCUCUCUCGUCGCGGCGCCGUCGGUUCGCAAUUUAAGCUUCCCGAAGGAUUUCGCCGUCUACUCGCCAACAUGUACGACCCCGUCACCAACCCCACGGGGAUCAUCAAUGCCGGCAUCGCCGACAACUCGCUCUGUCGCACCGAGCUGCUCGAGUUCUUCCUCGCAAAGGAUCGUCUCCACCUCUCCCCCGCAGAUAUGACGUACGCCAACCGCCUCACCUCAUCCACACGUCUGCUUGAGGCGAUCGCUUCGCUGUUCAACGAUUACAAGCCGGAUUGGCCCGAGGGGGAUGCGUCUCCGUUGCCGAUCAAGAAGGUGGAAGUGGAUCAUAUUGCGAUCGCUAGUGGAGCUACAGGUGUUCUGGACGAGUUGUUUUGGAAUUUGUGCGAUGAAGGGGAUGGUGUGCUGUUGAGUGCUCCGUACUACAAUGCGUUUGAUAAUGAUCUCACGAACAGAGCGAAGGCGAAGAUCGUUCAGGUGAACCUACCCGGAUCCUCAGAAGAUUCUUCGGCCGUGAAUCUUUUCACCGCAUCGACCGUUCAAGCUUACGAAGAAGCCUAUGCCACCGCAACCUCUUCUGGCAUUCCCGUCAAAGCUCUCCUCCUGUGCAAUCCUCACAAUCCCACCGGAACCAUCUACCCGCGCUCCACCGUCAUCGCCCUUGCCAAAUUCGCCGCCUCCCACCACCUCCAUUUCGUCUCGGACGAGAUCUACGCCCGAUCCACCUUCCCCACCUCUACCAACCCGCACCCACCCUUGUUCGAGAGCAUCCUGUCCAUCGAUGUUCGGAAGGAAUGUGGGUUGGAUCCAGCGUACGUGCACGUUGUUACUUCUGCAUCGAAGGAUUUCGCGGUGAACGGGUUCCGACUCGGUGUGUUGGUGACACAGCACAAUGCGGCGUUGCAGAGGGCCAUGGCGAGCAUCGGAAGUUUGAGUCAAUCUGCUUCGCCUGCAGCGAGUCUGUGGACGACUCUGUUGCAAGACCAAAAGUUCUUGAAGUGGUAUUUUAGGGAAAAUAGAAGACGUCUCUCUCUCGCCUACCAACACAGUAUCGAGUUUUUCGAACAUCACUCUAUUCCGUACUGGAACAGCAACGCUGGGUUCUUCCUCAUGAUCAACCUACGAAAAUACUGUGGCAUCACGCAAGACAUGGACGAACAAACGGCACGAGCGAAGGAAGCAAAGUUUCUAGACAAGUUGAUCGACGGUGGCGUGCUGAUCAGUCCCGGCACCAUCUAUCACUUCCCCACGCCCGGUUGGUUCAGGUUCACGUUCAGCCAGAAUCCGAAGACGUUGAAGUUGACGUUCGACAGGUUGGAGAAGGUGAUGGGUGUCGAAGGAGGGGAGAGUUGUGAAGCCAAGAGGGGGAUAUUGGAUUUCGGGGAUGGGGAGGAGAAGGUGGGGAAGGGGGCAGGGCGGUUGAAGCGGUUGAUGUCGAGGUGA